CCAGGGCGACAUGUUGAUUCGAUCGGCGAGUUUAAUAACUGCGACACAAGUCUGGAUGAGCAAUCCACUUGACGAUGGUCCUACAGUAGCUUCCUCCAACGUCUCUCAAAAUCGUUGUCGCAGGUUUCAAAUUUCUUACCUGCUUUUUUAUAAGGACUUUACAUAUAUACUAAGGAAAAAAUGAUUGCAAAGAGAGGAGCUGAUAGGGGCACAUAAAAAUAGACUCUAGAAGGUCUUUCUGAGACUGCCCUGAAGAGCAAGAUAAGGAGGAGAGUUGUAUAAAGAUAGGACGGCGACUCAAUGUCAGCAUUCAGACGAAGGAAGAUGGCGUUUGAAGUCUUGGUCUGCUUGUUGAUGGCAAUGGUCAGUGCUGCUGGUCAAACAGUUGGCCCCAAACCUCCGAACAUCGUCUUCGUGUUGACAGACGAUCAGGAUCUUGUACUUGGCGGGAUGGAUCCCAUGCAGAAGACGACCAACCUGAUCGGCCAACAGGGUCUGACGUUUACUAACGCGGUAGUGUCCUGCCCCAUCUGCUGUCCCAGUCGCUCCAGCAUCAUCUCUGGUAAGUACAUUCACAACCACGGGGCCAUCAACAACUCUGUGGAAGGCGGCUGCAGCAGCAGAAGCUGGCAGCAGAAUCAGGAAACCAGGGGAUUCCCCGUUUACCUCAAGCAAAGAGGCUACACAACGUUUUUCGCCGGCAAGUACCUCAACCAGUACGGAUAUGAUAGGGUUGGAGGAGUGAGUCACGUUCCUCCCGGAUGGGACUGGUGGAACGGACUGGUGGGAAACUCCAAGUAUUACGACUACCAAAUCUCCAUCAACGGCACACUGGAGACUCACGGCCACGACUACCUCAACGACUACCUCACGGACCUCAUCAAUCGUCGCGCGCAGGAUUUUCUGGAACUGCAGGGACCGAGCAGCCCUCCUUUCUUCCUCAUGCUGUCCACUCCCGCCUGCCAUGAACCCUUCCCAUCAGCCCCGCACUACGCCCACAGGUACAGCGCCGCCAAAGCCCCACGUGAUCACGGCAGCUUCAACGUCAAGGCUAAGGACAAACACUGGCUGAUGGAACAGCCGAUCAUACCCAUGCCUAACGACACCCUGCAGCUGGUGGAUGAGUAUUAUUCCAGUAGACUGCGGACCCUUCUGUCUGUCGAUGACAUGGUAGAAGACGUGUACAAUACCCUGCGCCGCAAGAACUUACUGGACAACACCUACAUCCUCUUCGCCUCCGACAACGGGUACCACCUGGGGCAGUUUGGCUUGCCUUACGACAAGCGAGAACCUUACGAGUUUGACAUCCGGGUACCAAUGAUGAUUCGUGGUCCGGGUAUUGCAGCUGGUACGACCAGUCAGGAAAGUGCUAUGAACAUUGACUUGGGACCUACCUUCAUUUCUCUGGCUGGGGGAGAGGUGCCCGACCAUAUGGACGGAAAGCCGUUGACACCUCUGUGGGAGAACCCUAAGGCUUCCCAGAAUUUCCGCCCUAAUGUCCUGGUGGAGUACAGUGGAGAAGAAAAAGUCUCCAUUGCAGGUUGCCCUCAGUGGCAAAACCAACGCCUCUUCAACUGCAAUCCGCUUGCUCACUGUGUGUGUGAAGACGCCUGGAACAACACCUUUUCCUGUAUUCGGGCGACAGUUGAUUCAGCUAUCUACAAGUAUUGUGAAUUUAAAGAUAAUCAGAACUUUGUGGAACUGUAUGAACUGAUUUCUGAUCCUUUUGAGCUGACCAACCUGGCCAGCACUGCUGCACCAAAUCUGAAGGAAACGCUCAAACAACAGCUUGCUCUCUUGACCUCAUGUUCUGGAAGCACCUGCAACACAAAGAAAAUCAAACAUAAAAAAAUGAAAAAGGCAGGAGGAGGAGGAGGAGGAGGUCGUGGUCGUGAAGACAAGAAAAUGAAAGGAAGUCCUAAACUAGCCAAAGGCAAAGAUACUGUGGUUAAGUUUUCUCAAAAGUGAGCGUUCACACUACAUUUACAGGGAACGGCAGGUUUACCCAGCUCCCAGUGCCAGAACCCUGAUGCCGAAGAAACAGAAGAAGAAAUAUGUCUUAGAAACUGAACGAUUACUUUAAAAUAAUAUUUCCUUGGGAGCAAAGUGGCUGGUCUGCAUGAAAAUCUGUGGGUUUUGUUUUGGGGCAUUCAGUUAUUGUCGGUUUGUAUAUUUUUCUAUUAUUGUUGGAUUUAUACUUCUCUAUUGUUAAAAUUUUCAGACCUGAAAAAAGAAACUUUGCUUCGCGAGCAGUGCUUAAAUUAUAUUUAUUUGAAAAUUUAGACUUACUACGUUAUAAAUACACCAAUGAAGUGUGUUUAACUAAAUUUGUUUGUCCCGUGUCGCUAUGUAAUGUUUAUUUCAAAUUAUGAAUAAACUGCUGUUGUGUACAGAAAA